GGAACCGGAAAGUGGCUUACUACUGCUCAUUGUCGGCGGAGGAAGGAGUCUGUCCACAUUUGUGUUUUUACCGUUGCCCGGAGUGUUUAUGCAGCAGUGAGCGAACUGAAGAGAUGACUGUGUGGUUUGUGCUUUGAAUCGCUCUCCUAUAGCUCAGAAGAUCUAGCAGCAGGAGGAACCACAUAGCUGUGAAUCAGAUGAGUAGGUGCUGCCACUGAGCUCAUCUUGUCUCCUUGUCCGUCCGUAAAAUGGUGGUGCUGGUGGCGUUGAUGAUGAACGUGUGAGCGGAAAGCCCCCGUGGUCCUCUUGCUGCACCGCACACUUCCUCAUGGAUUCCAGCAAUGACGAGGCACUUGAUAUCAUUAUCACCAAUGUGGUGGCAACCUUCAGGACCAGGUGCCACCUCAACCUGCGCACCAUUGCCUUAGAGGGAACCAAUGUCAUCUAUAAGCCUGAAGUAGGGAAAGUCCUAAUGAAGCUUCGUAAGCCCAAGAUUACAGCCUCAAUCUGGUCCUCAGGGAAAAUCAUUUGCACUGGAGCAACAAGUGAGGAUGAUGCAAAGCUGGGUGCUCGCAGGUUAGCACGUGUUCUGCAGAAACUGGGCUUCAAGGUGAGGUUUUCAGCCUUCAAAGUUGUGAAUGUGCUGGCAGUGUGCUCCAUGCCAUUUGCAAUCCACCUCAUAGACUUCACUAAGAACAACCGACCCAUUGCCAGUUAUGAACCAGAGCUCCAUCCAGCUGCCACGUACAGGAUCAAACAUCUCAAGGCUACAAUACAGGUGUUCUCUACUGGCAGCAUCACAGUUACAGGACCAAAUGUGCAGAAUGUGGCCACAGCUGUUGAGCAGGUCUACCCACUACUGUUCGAGGUUCAGAAACCCCUCAAAAAAAAAGAAAAAAGUUAAAGUCAGAAGAUAUAAAUGGAAGGAGAAGUCACGUCCACAAGUGAGGAAGCACCUUAUCCUUGGAUUUCUUUGCUUGAUUUUAUCAUUACAUGAUAGCAACAGCAACAAACGUCUAACACUAUCAACAGACUGGAAAUCACCCGGAUUUUUAAUAAGUCUCAACAAUGCUAGUCGGAGUCUUAAAACUUCUUCUUCUUUCAUUGUUGUUGUGCAUUGUGUGGCUCUCGUGAUUUUAACAGCCUAAACGUCUUUCACACUUCAGCGGAAACCGCUCCUCCAAACCCGACCGCCACUGGAGGGGGUGGAAGUUGUUUGCUUUUUAUUUGCAUGGACACAGAAAGACCCGUUUUGCAACAAGUUUAACCAUUUUAAUGCUCAACAGUGGUGACCUUUGCAAAGGUUCAAUAUGUAAAUACUGAGAAGCCUCACCUUUUUAACCCUAUACACAACAAUCCACCAUCCCUCCGUCCUCUGGAAGAAUCUCCGUCCAUGACUUUUUUUUAUGUGUGUGAACGCAAAAUAAAAGGCAUCCACUGUAUUACCAACAGUUUUGCCCAAAGUGAAAAUCAGCAGUCAAACCAUAGACUGAGUUUAAGCUGUUACACACACACACACACACAAAGUAAGAGAAGGUCCCUAUGCAGAUACACAUAUCCGUUCACAAUAUGCAUUAAUCUCUGAUUUUAAUUCUUGGUUUCACACAUUUCCUUACUUUGUUUGGUUUUCAGUUCACUAUAAAUUUGUUCUCCUUUCCCGACUGUGGCAUUGGAUCAGAAUGCACACACACGUUUUGAUUCCUUUGUUGUCAUUUCCUAAUAAUAGUUAAGGCAAACUUGCAAAUAUAAUUGUUUUUUCUUGGCUCGGACAAUGUACAGAACAUGACUGUCCUAAAUGUUUUGGAAUGUAAUGAAAACGUUUGAAAGGGUGUUUUAUUUUUCCGGUGUUGUUGAGCCAUAGACCCCUCAUUCAUUUUCACUUGACACAACUGCUAAAUUGGCGCAGGCUAGUGGCAACGAGACAUGGCUAGAAAUUCAUCAUUUGCUUUUUAGCGGCUGGAGGAAUAAAAAAUGAUAAAAGGACUGCCCGCUAUUGGUCUUGGAAAUUGCUGUAAAGGCACAGGAAGUCACUCCAAGUUUGGUUUGGUGAUACAUUCAUGCGUCAAACCAUGAUCAGUAUUCAAAGAGGUCAUGCUUACAGCAUUAACCAGUCCCUAAAUUGUCUGAAAAACAAACCUGUCGUAGAAUACCAUUCUCUUAACAGAAAAACAACAGUGAGAGGCUUUUGUGUUUUUAAACUGGAGCCAAACACCUGGCGAGAGGCAACGUAUAUUUAUGUAUAUAAUAAAAGGCAUCUGAUGGAAAAGAUGAUGAGGAAAACUUUGACAUGUUGUCUCAAGUAUGUGGGAUUGACUUUUGAACCGGUGUCAACUGAAGAUUUGUGACACUUGUUAAGAAUUUUGUAUUUUGUAUAAAAAUAAAGGUUAAUGAUAAAAGAGA